AUGGUUAGCCCAUUCAAGGCCAUGGUGAACCUCAUCAAGAGAUUCAGGAGGAAGCGCAGGCUUUCAUCUGAGCUUGAUACCCGCUGGGGCGAUCCAUCUAUAAGCUAUCCGAACCAAGGAUCAUGGAACCAGUGGGACCAACCGUCUGGAUUCGUCGCAAAUGCGUCGAUAGGGUCUCCUCGCGAUAUACAGACGGUAGAGACGCGGCAAUAUGUGCCAUUGGAGUUAACUUCAUCUCAAAAUCCUGGAACUUCAAGCGACUCGGGCUAUCAAAGCUUCAGUGCCCGAGAGGAUCAUGCUCAUGAAGCCUCGGUCAUCCCCAAGGGAUACUUCAACGAGAAUAUACGGCACCGAACCGGCAAAAGCCAAAGGCCAGCCGCUAAAGGGCUUGGUAUCGACGGCACUACACACGAAAUGGACGGCUCGAAUGGACACACACCCCCGGAUGAUUCAUGUGACGACGACGAGGAAGAAGAAGGACGAGAUACUCUGGGUGAUCCAGGAGGGUCUAUGGUCUUGCGCAGUCCUCUGACGGGAGACCCGCUACGGUAUUCCCCACGGGACGAUCAGGACCCUUAUUUUGACCGCGCCUCCAAAUCACCACCGUUAUCAGUUACUCAACGCAUGCGCCGCUUCAGCCAACAAAGUUCAUCGACCGACCCAACAUCGUCCGUUGCGGGAGCUAGCUCUCGACGGACCAGCUAUACUACUGCUGCAUCUUCAGUGUCAGCACCAUCUCUACCUCCUGAUACGCCGCACUUUGCAUUCAACACUGGCCAUGCCGCACACGAGAGACGAUCUGCUCCCCGUCCGAAGCGCCGGGAGCCUGAACCCACGGCUCGGCAGCAGAUGGUCCCGUCCUACGAUGAACUCUAUGGGUGA